UAAAACGUUUCUUAAUGAGGAUUAAGUGAUCUAGCCAGAAAUAAACUUGGCUGAUAUAGAAGAAGAAGACUAGAAACAAAGAUACUGAGAAAGAAUAAGCUGAUUUGGUCCAACCUGACAACUAGACUUGGUCUGUGAUAUUUCUCUAUAAGACGAUGAGUCUAUGAUCUUCACUGGAGAAGCUGAUUAGAAAUGGCUAAGCCAGGAGAAAACUUGAGAGACAAAUCCAGAUGGAGCCUUGGAGGCAUGACCGCUCUUGUAACCGGUGGCUCGAAAGGGCUCGGAGAAGAUGUGGUCGAGGAACUAGCGAUGUUGGGAGCAAGAGUCCACACAUGUGCCAGAGACAAAACUCAGCUUCAAGAACGCUUACUUGAAUGGCAAGCAAAAGGGUUUCAGGUCACCACUUCUGUAUGCGACGUUUCUUCUCGUGACCAACGACAUAAACUCAUGGAAAAUGUUUCUUCUCUCUUCCAAGGAAAACUCAACAUCCUCGUAAACAAUGCGGGAACGGGUAUAACAAAGCCGACUACAGAAUUUACAGCACAAGAUUACUCGUUUCUGAUGGCUACAAAUCUUGAGUCAGCUUUUCAUCUUUCACAGCUCGCACAUCUGUUAUUAAAAGCUUCUAGUUUAGGGAGUAUCGUGUUCAUGUCCUAUGUUGCUGGAAUUGUACAUACAGGUUCAUCCAUCUAUGGAGCUGUUUUAGGAGCUAUGAAUCAAUUAGGAAGAAACUUAGCAUGCGAGUGGGCAAGUGACAACAUAAGGGUUAACUCUGUAUGUCCAUGGGUCAUAGCAACUCCUUUAGCUAACGAUGGUCUUAGGGAUGAAGAAUUUAGAAAAGCAGUGCAGAGUAAGACACCAAUGGGACGUGUAGGAAAAGCAAAUGAAGUCUCAUCGCUUGUGGCAUUUCUUUGUCUUCCUGCAGCUUCUUAUAUAACAGGUCAAACCAUUUGCGUUGAUGGAGGUGCCACGGUCAAUGGCUUCUCUUUUAAGCCUCAACACUAA